AUGUCCAGUCGAGUUUACGUGGGUUGCAGCGCCGUCGUGGUCCUGAUGGUAGCCUUAGGAGGAGCAGCCGAUGUCUACGAGGACCCGCCUCCUGACGAGGUGGACACCGAUUUGGCCUCUAUGGAACGAAGCAAUAUUGACAUGGGAUCUGAAUCACGGAAUGGACUGUUGCCAAGCUCGAACGAUGUUCUGCUGUACCAUAUAGUCGACGAGCUGCCGCCGAUUGGUGAAAACUCAAAAUUAAUGUAUGGGAGAACUUGGCCCAAAGACGAGAACCCAAUGACUCAAGAAACAAUGACGCCCUACUUGGUGAUGUUGAAGGAACCCAUGAAGAAGAGACUGUUAAGCAUUUUGGGGAGGAUUAGGGGCGGGAAGACAGUGAAACCGCAGCGAAAAUGGAAGCCCAGGCAGGCAAAACCAAGUAAGGAUUUGUAA